UUCUGUGGGUACUCUAAAUUAAUUUCAACAAAUUUUAAAUUUAACUUUAAGUAAAAAGUAAUAAAAAGAUUUAAAACAAGUAGGUACCUAUCUAUAUAUUUUUUACAUAACCUUAAACCUGAGCACAUAUCUGUUAUGUGAUAAGUAAAAUCAUGAAUAUAACAAAGGACAUGGUUUUAGACGGUAAUUUUCAGAUAAUAAAGAACUAAAGGAGGGAAUCUUAGAUAGGGGUAGUUGAGAUUUCAUGAAAUCAAAACUAUGUAAACAGUUAGUAUUGUUGAUACAUACAUUUUGAACAUUUUGUCGUCUUAAUACUCUACACAGUACACAGGAAGGCAUACAAUUGGUGGUCUUAUUGUUGAAGUCACCAGUGUGGCAGUUUUGAAAUAAUUGUCUAGUUACAAGAUGGAACGAGCAUUUUCGAUAUUUAUGGUCGUUUCGAUGACCGUCAUUGUGGUGGCAUUAGGCGAUCGACUACAAUGUAAAGACCCGAAUGGACAACCGGUAGACUGGUUUACGGCUAUCAAGUUGCCAAACCUCAUGUCAAAUUUGUCCGAUGGGACCGUUUACGUCUAUAUGGACGCGAAGAACCCGGAGUGGACUUACUUUACAGGGAUCAUAACCGAAAAGUCAGCAAUCGGACACACGAUAUCGCAGAUGUACACGACCACUAAAACUUUUAACGAGUCGAUAAUGUGGAUCGUAUACAACGAUGAACCGACUAACGGUCCAGUAACAUUAACGAAGGGUCACUCCAAAGGUACUGUGGUAGCCGACAACAGUUCGGGUUUAUGGCUAGUGCACAGCGUGCCCUUAUUCCCACAGUUACCUUACCAAAACAACAAUUCGUAUACGUAUCCCAAAACCGGUGUAAAAUACGGCCAAAGUUUUCUGUGCAUGUCCAUGAUGGCUGACGAACUGGAUAAAGUAGGCAAUCAGUUAAUCAAAAACGAGGUGUUGGUAUACGGCAGUCACUUCGGAGGUGAUCUGAAAUCCACGUACCCGGGUUUGUACAACGCCACUCUGCCGCACAAAACUCCAAAAGUGAAAAAAUAUGAAGUGAGGUUACAGCCUCUUCGCUCUGCCGAGGGCGUAGAGUUCUUGUCCAUUGCUAAGAGCAGGCACUAUGGAAAAGAUUUAUAUGAAGACUUAAUCACACAGAUGGCACAGUCAAAUGUAUACACAGAGACUUGGUUGAAUUCGCCUGGUUCCUUAAAUUCGUCAUGUUCUGGUCACUACAAGACUAUGAACAUUGAGUCGCUGGCCAUGAAGAACAUUAAAGGGUUGAAUAAUGUAUGGUACAAGUCAUCCUUGGAUCAUUCCAAAUGGGUUGUGACUGGGAAGAGUUCUGUACACUGGACUUGCAUUGGUGACAUAAAUCGAGCUGAACACCAGGAGAUACGUGGAGGUGGAACAGUAUGCAUAAAAUUAAUGCCUGUAUGGAAUCAAUAUAAACAACUAGUAUCAAGUAUUGAAAAAUGUAAAUCCUAGUGCUAUAAUUAUGUGGAUCUUUUUUAAGUAUUACUAUUAUUAAAAAUGUCAAUGUUAUGUAUUUAAUUUUUUAAGUAUGUACUUGUUCAAAGUUUCUACACUUAAUGUAGAUAAUAGUUAUGACUAAAGUUAUUUUAAAAAAUUAAGUUUUAUAAAAUAUUAUGUGUAGGUUCAUGAUAUAGCACAGUGGUGACCAACCUUUUUAUACCAAGGGCCAUAAAAAAAUUUUAAAAAUGUUCGGCGGGCUUAGAAUUUAAACUUUUUCUUUAAAUUGAAUGUUAUACAUAUUUUAUUUUAGGCACAUCUUAAUAUAGGUAUACUAACAAAUGUAAUUUUUUAUUUUAUAUUGUUUGUUGUAAAAUUAAAUAUAUAUAUUAAGUAUAAAUGUAUGUAAUUGAUGAAAAUACAAUAAGAAAUAUUUUACAAAUGUUACAUUUUUAAAAUAUAUAUUUUUUUUAAUUUUAAUUACUUUGAUGUGCUGGAUUUGGCCCACGGCCGUACUUGGUCACCACUGAUAUACUAAUAAUAGUUAUGUGUUCGUUUACAAUUUCACUUAAAUUAAUAAUUUUGUGUUUAAAGUGUUCACACUUAAGAAAUGUCUUAGUUUUAAGAACAAUUAAUUCCAAAUUACGUGUCAAUGUACUUUGUAAUAAAUGUAUUACUGAUACAUAAA